UACUCCCCUCACCAUUUCUAGAAAAAUUAAAAAAGUGAAGCUCUUCUUCUUCCUUGAAUGUGAAGUAUCCCCUUUGAAGAUGCUUGAUCUUCUCAACCUAUACACACCUAAAGUUUCUAAGAUUCCCUUUCCUGUUCCUUCCUGUUCUGAUAAAUUCUUACUGAGUAGAGCAGUGACACACCUCAUCUUUUCAAACUCCUCGGUACCCAAGAGUUGAAAACCUGUUAUUCACCUGGGUUUUUUCUCAAAAGAAUGCCUCCCUUGAUUGCUUUGACUCUGUUGUUCAUUUUGGUUACCUCUGCUUCUGCUACUUCUCUCAUCAGUGAUGCUCUGAUUUUAGCUUCACUAAAGCAAGGAUUUGAGUUCCCCAAUCCAGCAUUAAGCAAUUGGGAUGUCUCGAAUCUGAGCUCGGUAUGCCGGUGGGCAGGAAUCAGAUGUUCUGAGGAUCGAGUUGUUGCUGUUGAUGUAACAGACUUGAAUCUCUCUGGGUCUGUUUCGCCAUUAAUUUCUGGUCUUGAUCGGUUGGUUAACCUCUCUCUUGCUGGUAACAACUUCACAGGCAGCAUUGAGAUUGCGAAUUUAACAAGUCUCCAGUGGCUCAACGUCUCAAUCAAUCAGUUCAGUGGUGGCCUGGACUGGAACUAUUCAGGCCUUGCAAACUUGGAGGUGUUUGAUGCUUAUAACAACAACUUCACUGCUCCUCUGCCACUUGGGAUUCUGAGUUUAAAGAAAAUCAAGUAUUUGGACUUCGGUGGAAACUUCUUCUUUGGGGAAAUUCCACCUGCAUAUGGUAAUUUGAUUGAAUUAGAGUACUUGUCACUUGCUGGAAACGAUCUCCGUGGGAGGAUUCCAGGUGAGUUGGGCAAUCUUACAAACUUGAAACAGCUUUACUUGGGGUAUUACAAUGAAUUCGAAGGCGGGAUUCCGGUGGAACUCAGCAAUUUGGUUAACUUAGUCCAUUUGGAUCUCUCAAGCUGCGAAUUGGAUGGGAUUAUUCCUCACCAGUUGGGGAAUUUAAAAUCACUUGACACACUCUUUCUUCAUAUCAAUCUCUUAUCAGGUUCGAUUCCGAAACAGUUGGGCAACUUGACAAGUUUAGUAAAUCUUGAUCUUUCAACCAAUGGCCUUACAGGUGAGAUCCCAUUUGAGCUUGCGAAUCUGAGAGAGCUGACACUUCUAAACCUGUUCAUGAACAGAUUACAUGGAUCUAUCCCAGAUUUUGUAGCUGACUUGCCAAAUUUGGAGACUCUGGGGCUAUGGAUGAACAAUUUCACAGGUGUGAUCCCUGAGAAACUCGGCCAAAAUGGUAAGCUUCAAGUGCUCGAUCUGUCCUCGAAUAAGCUAACUGGCAUGAUCCCUGAAGGCCUAUGUUCUUCUAAUCAGCUCAAGAUAUUGAUUCUCCUGAAGAAUUUUCUCUUUGGGCCAAUCCCAGAGGGUCUGGGGAGGUGCUGGAGCCUUGUGAGAGUAAGAUUGGGGCAGAAUUACUUGAAUGGUAGCAUUCCUGAAGGCUUCAUUUACUUGCCUGAGCUCAACUUAGUAGAGCUCCACAACAACUAUCUGUCUGGAAGUGUAACAGAGAACAGCAACAGCAGCUCAGAGCCGGCGAAAUUGGGUGAGUUGAACCUAUCAAACAAUCUCCUUUCAGGGUCUUUACCCUUUUCCAUUUCAAAUUUCUCUUCCCUCCAAAUCCUUCUUCUCAGUGGAAACCAAUUCUCUGGCCUAAUCCCACCUUCAAUUGGGGAACUCCAUCAUGUUCUUAAGCUUGAUCUCAGCCGAAACUUGCUUUCCAAUGGAAUCCCUCCGGAGAUCGGAAAUUGUUCCCAACUUACCUACCUAGACCUCAGCCAAAACAACCUCUCUGGAAUCAUCCCACCUGAGAUAUCGAAUAUCAGAAUUCUGAAUUAUUUGAAUUUAUCAAGGAACCACCUUAAUCAGACAAUACCAAAGUCAAUUGGAAACAUGAAGAGCCUAACUGCUGCUGAUUUCUCCUUCAAUGAUCUCUCUGGUAAGCUACCAGAAUCUGGUCAAUUCACAUUCUUCAAUGCCUCAUCUUUCGCGGGCAAUCCCCGGCUCUGUGGUUCUGUCUUGAACAAUCCCUGCAAUUUCACCACUUUUAUGAUCAAACCUGGAAAAGCUCCUGGGAAUUUCAAGUUGAUCUUCGUUCUUGGGUUACUAAUCUGCUCCCUUGUCUUCGCUACUGCGGCAAUUAUAAAGGCUAAAUCAUUCAGGAGACGCGGUUCACAUACAUGGAAGAUGACUGCAUUCCAGAAGCUCGAAUUCACUGUCUCCGACGUACUGGAAUGCACGAAGGACUGUAAUUUGAUCGGAAGAGGAGGAGCUGGGAUCGUUUAUCUUGGAAAAAUGCCCAAUGGGGAGGAAAUUGCUGUAAAGAAGCUGCUUGGAUUUGGUAAUACCAACCAUGAUCAUGGGUUUAGAGCUGAGAUUCGAACACUAGGCAAUAUUCGACAUCGGAACAUUGUGAGAUUGUUGGCUUUCUGUUCAAAUUCUGAGACUAACUUGUUGGUUUAUGAGUAUAUGAGGAAUGGAAGCUUGGGAGAAGCUCUACAUGGCAAGAAAGGUGGAUUCUUAGGGUGGGAUUUGAGAUACAAGAUAGCCAUUGAAGCUGCAAAGGGACUGUGUUAUCUACACCAUGACUGUUCUCCUCUGAUUGUUCACAGAGAUGUUAAGUCCAACAACAUUCUCUUAAAUUCAAGCUUUGAAGCUCAUGUUGCAGAUUUUGGGCUUGCCAAGUUCUUGGUGGAUGGUGGUGCCUCAGAAUGCAUGUCAGCUAUUGCAGGCUCCUAUGGCUACAUUGCUCCUGAAUAUGCAUACACCCUUAGGGUGGAUGAGAAGAGUGAUGUAUAUAGCUUUGGAGUAGUCCUCUUGGAACUCAUUACCGGUCGUCGCCCGGUUGGUGAUUUCGGAGAUGGUGUGGAUAUCGUCCAAUGGGCCAAGAGAUCAACUAAUUAUUGCAAAGAAGAAGUUAUUCGAAUCAUCGAUUCAAGAUUAAUCGAUGUUCCCCAAGACGAAUCAAUGCACGUCUUCUUCGUUGCCAUGCUUUGUAUCCAAGAGAACAGUGUCGAACGCCCGACAAUGAGAGAGGUGGUUCAAAUGUUAUCGGAGUUCCCACGCCAUAACCCAAAUCAGUCUUCUUCUUCCAUCCCUCAGUUGCAACAACCAAAGAAAAUUGAACAGGAGAAAGAAUUCUCUAAAGUUCCACCAGUUCUCUUGAUAUAAGGAAUUCUGAUCACAAGGUCUCAAAGAUUAAAUACAUCAGUUAUAGUGCCCUAAAGAGCGGCUUUAUUUUGUUAUAUAUAGCCUUGCAAUGGGCAGUUAUCCUUUUUCUUCUUGCUAAAAGGUCUAACAAUAGGAGAUUUGUGAGGUUAGAGAGAGGUAGGAACAAUAGGGGCACUUCUUGUUAAGGGGUACACUUAAAGGUGGAGAUCUUGCAAGUUUUAUGGGUUCACGCUUUCUCUUUGUAUUAUAACUUAUUUAUUUUAUACACAUUAUUUCUGUUUUUUUAUAUUAUUAUUUGAAGCUUA